CAGAAAUUCAAUCUGACGCUCCCUUUGGGUACGUUCGGAAAUUCAAUCUGACGCUCUCACUGCGCCCUGAGAGUGCAGUGUUCAGAGAAACAGAGCGCACUUCAUUUUCUCUGAAUUUACGAACGAGCCUGUUGGCCAUUGGCAGGGAUACGUCAGUGCGUCCGCCAUAUUGAAUGUGUCAGUUCUGCCUGUAAUCAUCUAGUCCUGUCUGACUCCGGCCGCUCUGUCUCCUCAGUCAGAGCGGCGGGAGUGCGCUCCGGCACUCCCAGGGUGUGGCGCUCUGAAUAACCGAACGGAACACUCCAACAACGCUCUGAGUUUCCGAAUGUUGCCGGAGUGAUUUCCAAAUGUAUCACUUAUAACGCCGUUAAGAUAAUUAAGACGCUCCUAAAUAUGGCGGCGUGACAAUAACUUCCGGGUCGCGUUCAAUGUUUUGAGGCGCUAGGAACGUGCACCCAUUGCCUUCCACAGGGAAGACGACCUUCCCAACAUGGCCGCCACGUAGGCACGUCGGUUAGACAAAGAAGCAUACGAAGAAGCAUAAGAAGAAGCAGAAGAAGAAGAAGAAGAAAAAGAAGAAGACGAAGAAGAAGAAAGAAAGAAGGGGAAAAAAGCACUUGCAUCGCUUCACGUGAACAAAGCGCGAGGUUGAAGUGUUGUCCUGGCUGUGCUCGUUGAAGUAUCUUUAACGUCAAGAUGUUGAAAGAGUUGGUAAGGGAGCGACUCAUUGCGGCCGCCGACGAAAUCUUCAGACUGUUUGAAAGAACGAUAGCGUCGUACGAAGAGCAACUUUGUCGGGCGAGGGAGGAGAGCGAGAGACACCGACGACAAUUGGAAGCUGAUUGCAACAAUCAAGUUGUCAUGCGCAACGAAGACGUCCAGCCGCUGAUCGGUCGUCAGGAAGAACCUUCCUUUCAGCAAAAGGCAGGGAGCUCCAGUUUGGACUGGGAUGAUGCACAGCGCCCCCAUGUUAAAGAGGAAGAGGAGGAGCGACAGACCUCUCGUGUUAAAGAGGAAAAGGAUCUAGAGCCACCCCACGUUAAGGAGGAAGAGGAGGGAUUUGACAUCAGCGACUUGCCACUGACUGGUGUCUCUAUGGAGAAUGAAGACGAAGCACCCAAGCUUCACCAUAACAGUCCAAGUGCUGACCACCGUGGAGGGCCACCACCGCACAACGUCUUAGCUCCACUGUCAGACAGCGACGACGACAUGGACGAACAAGCAACGGGUGUGGUGCCACCGAUGCGUCGACGCAUGUGUCGAGCUUACAGAGCGAAACCCAGUGUUGAUGCGCCUCUCGCUUUAAGUCAAAGUCCCGUGUCCGAUACAGCUGCUGUUUUCCACAUUGCUGAGGCGCCCUGCGAAAAGACUCCAAAGUCUUUUGAAGCACAGUUCUUCCCUCCAAGCCAUUGUGAGAUGGACCCCGAAAGAAAAAGAAAGGUUUCCGCCGUGUGGGACCAUUUUGAUCUUAUAUCCUCAAUUAAGGUUAAAUGUCGCAUUUGUUCGACUGAACUCUCCUACAUAAAUAAAAGCACCUCAUCAAUGCUGAGGCAUUACAGAGCGAGGCAUGAAAAUGAGGUGGUCACAAUUACACCUAGAAUAAGCACAGCUUCCAGGAAACAUGCGUUGGACCAGGCAGUUCUCAAUUUCAUUAUCAAGGAGUCCCAACCCCUCAGCAUUGUCGAGAGUGAGGCGUUCAGGGAACUGCUUCAGGCUCUUGAGCCAUCGUAUGUUUUGCCAACCAGAAAGACUGUCAAAGAAAUGGGGCCAAAAAUAUGAGGAAGAAGAACGAGUGAAAUGGAAGCACAGCAAGCUGUGGCAGUAAGUAUAGGAGCUGACGUACGGACAUCUGUGAACAUGGAGGCUUACAUUGCUGUCACCUGCCACUACUUUGAUGAGAAUUUGCAGUUGUGUACAUCUGUGCCUAGAGUGCAACAAUUUCCACUUAGUCACACUGCUGACAUUUUGGCCCAAGUCAAAAGCGUUGACGAGCCACAGCCUGGACCUUCUUCACAACAGUUAUCGGCACCCACUUCAGGAAUAUUAUUCUGUUUUAUCAGUUUAUGUUUGCAUUUAUUUGUCUCCAAAUCAUGUACUGAUUUGUAAUUGAUGACUUAAAGUAAAAUGCCCAUUUUCUUUCUUAAAGAACUUAAAUGAUUUUAGGAAAUGGCUGCACUAUAACAAAGAGUGAAACAUUUAAGGGGGUCUGAAUACUUUCUGUACCCACUGUACAUACAGUACAUAAGCAACAUCACACAAUAAAAACACUUUCACUUUGA